CAGCUCACGAGCUUGUGCGGCGAGCUGGAUUUUUCGGCCCUUAGACAUUGGUUACGCGACGUCAGACGCACGAUACAUUGCUCACUUGCUGUCGCACGACCGCUGCUGCCACUCGCGCACAGCACCGAGCAGCAAAGCGCAUUGAUAUCGCUUGCCUGCUAACCCACCAGCUUGGAAACGCGCCGCCGCAGCAGCGCUAGAAACACCGCAGCGCUCGCAGCACGCCGCCGACGCGCCGCUUGCACCCAGAACACGACAAUAUGGCCGCGUUGAGCGAAAAAGCCGCCGCCGUCUUCGGCCGCUGGUGCCGGCCCUGCGACCAGGCGCCUCCAAAAUUACACAUCUACAAUUCGUUGACGCGAAGCAAGGUGCCCUUCUACCCCAUCGAUCCUUCCGGCCAGCGCGUGACGAUGUACGUCUGCGGCCCGACGGUUUAUGACGCGGCACAUUUGGGCCAUGCCCGUACGUAUCUCCAGUUCGAUGUUAUAAGAAGGAUCUUGAGGGAUGUGCUGGGGUAUGACGUCGUCUACGUCAUGAACGUGACGGACGUCGACGACAAAAUCAUUGUGAGAAGCCAGGAGCGAGGCAUCACGCCCGAAGCACUCGCGAGGGAAUGGGAGAGAAAGUUCCUGGAAGACAUGACGGCGCUAGGCGUCGAACGUCCCAGUGCGAUGCCUAGAGUGACGGAGUACGUGCCGGAGAUCGUCUCGUUCGUGGAAACGUGCGUCAGCAACGGCUUCGCGUACGAAGAUCGGGGGUCGGUCUAUUUCGACACCAAAGCGUUUGAGAGCAAGGGCCACGACUACGGCAAGCUCUGCCCCGAGAACGUCGGCAACGAAGGCCUCAUGGCGGAAGGCGAAGGGAAACUGGCCAGUACAACCUUCACGAAACGCGAUGAUCGCGAUUUCGCGUUGUGGAAGGCUUCGAAGCCCGGCGAGCCGACGUGGCCGUCGCCCUGGGGGGCGGGCCGGCCCGGCUGGCACAUCGAGUGUAGUGCCAUGAUCGAGCACACGAUCGGGCACGGCGGGCCUAUUGAUAUCCAUGGGGGAGGUGUGGAUUUGAAGUUUCCCCACCACGACAACGAGCUCGCGCAACAGGAGGCUUUCUGUAAUUGCCGGCAGACCGUGAACUACUUUGCGCACACGGGCCACUUGCAUAUUCGUGGUUUAAAAAUGUCGAAGAGUCUCAAGAACUUCAUCACGAUCCGACAGGCGCUGGAGGGCGUCGAUGGGUUAGAAGGUGUGAGACCUAGUACGAUGCGCAUCAUGUUCUGCCUCGUGCAGUACAACGCGCCUUGUGAUUAUUCGGACAACAUGUGUCGAGCGGCGUCCGAGUUACAUCGCCACGCGGUCGCCGCGAUCACGCGGUCGCGGCGAUGGCGUCGACGCGAUGCCGCACCGCCGUGACGCCGUCGACGCGGCCUCCCCCCACGCCGUCGCCGCGCACGCACGCGCACCGACGCAACGCGCCGCCACCGCGCCAUCGAACGCAGGCUCGCGAACGCGCGCGCCAUGGAGAAGAAGUUCCGCGAGUUCUUCCUCAACGUCGCCGCGGCGCUACGAGUGGUCGAUAGUGACGUGAACGCGAAGUUCAAAGUACGGCCCGAGGAUGCAUCCCUGUUGAAAGCGCGAGAUGAUUGCGCAAAGGAGGUGCGCGCGCGCUUUUUAGAUGAUUUCGACACGCCGAACGCGGUGAAAGCAUUGCAGAAAUUAGUUGAUUCUACGGGAAGCUACUUGUCGACCCUCGAAGCGACGAAUUCGCAACCGUCGUCGCUAGCCUUAUGCGCGGCAGCGAGGUACGUCGCCGAGACCUGGCUCAAGCUCGGCGUCCAGGGUUUGUGCUCGGACGAGGUGCUCGACGCGCUGCGAGUCUAUCCUUCCCAAACCUCGGCAAAGAAGAGUUCGGGAGCGGCGUCCGCGCCGUUGUUGGAUGCGCUAUCGAACUUCAGAGACGGCGUACGAGGUGCUGGUAGAACUCAAGAUACGGCUGGGGUCUUGCGGUUAUGUGAUGAAUUGAGGGAUUUAGUACUGCCGGAGCUCGGCGUUCGCUUAGAGGACAAGGGCGCCGGUAGCGUCUGGAAGCUCGACGAUCCGGAAGUUUUACGGGCUGAAAGGGCAAGAAAAGUCGAGGAAGCUCAAGCCAAGGCCGACGCGAAACGGUUAGCCGCGGAGAAGGCCGCCGCUAAAGAAGCUGCGGCUCGUGUUGAUCCUCGGGACAUGUUCAAGAACGGGCCUUAUAAAGCGUUCGACGCCGACGGCGUGCCCACCCAGAAUGACAAGGGCGAGCCUUUACCGAAGUCGCAAUUCAAAAAACUGAAGAAGCAGUGGGAAGCGCAGAAGAAGGCGUUCGAGAAGGCCAGCGCGAAGUGAGGGGGGGGGGCUUGGGUAAGUCUCGGUUCCUCAUG